UGGUCUUUCUCUGGCGUUGACGUUUUGCAUUUCGUUUUGCAGAGAUAUAUAUCAUUUUUAACAUGAUAUUGCCGCUUCUUUUCAUUCAUUUCAUCAAGUCGGCUGAUUCUAUCAAUCAGUGUUAUAACUCAUCUUUAUCGGUUUCCUCGACAGAACAAAAGCCUACGUCAUUUCUGUUAAUCAAGACACUGACAUCCGACCAUCUGGCCGAUUGUGCGGCAACCUGUGGCCUCACCUGGACAUGCGUGUCCUUCUUCUACUAUCUACAAAACAGAACUUGCCGUCUACAUGGUGGGAAAAUCGUAGUGUUGAACUUUGAAGAGGAACCAGGCUGGAUUGGAUAUGACUUACCCGGUCGACCUUAUCCGGAAGCAUAUUACCCCUGUGCCAGCAGUCCUGGAUACCAGGUGGACGAGGGGGCACACCUGUGCUACAAGAUCCACACAAACAAGAAGAGAGGGAUGCAAGCUGCUGCUGUCUGUCAGGGCGAGGGGGGCGAACUGGUCAUGCUUAAUACAGAGGCACGAAAAACGGUGGUUGAGGACAUCGUUGAAGAAGAUGGCAACAAUGAGUAUUUCCUUGGGGCAAACGACUCAGCAGUCGAUGGACAGUGGAGAUGGAUGGCGGAUGAUUCGUUAAUUACGUGGUUUAAAAAAGAUGACACUGACUCGGAUUGUCUUGAGUUGGAGCCUGAUCGAACAUAUGAUGACACAGGCUGUGACAAUGAGAAACAGAAAUUCAUCUGUGAAAUAUUCCUAUAACAGUGGUACUGAAACCACUAUGGUUAAGUGUUCCUGUUCGGAAAAACAGUGGACCCGUGAAGAUCCGGGGUAGAAUAGGUCUUCA